AGGAGGCGUUGUAUAUGUCGUGCAUAAGGGGUGAUGGGUAUGUAUACGGAAUAGUUCCUGUUUUGGUUUUAUAACGUCAUUAAUUUUUUUUCAUAUUUUAAACAUUAACAAAACAGUUUUAUCAGAAAAACCAACUUAAAAUGGGUAUUUUAUUUGGAAAACACAAUAAAAAAGUAUCACGGGUUACAGAACAAGAUAAAGCAAUAUUGCAACUGAAACAACAGCGAGACAAGCUGAAACAGUACCAAAAGAAGAUUAGCAUUAAUUUGGAAAAGGAAAGAUGUCUAGCCAAACAGCUUCUACAAAAUGGAAAGAAAGAAAGAGCCAGACUUUUGUUGAAGAAGAAAAGAUUUAUGGAGCAGAUGCUUGAGAAGACAGAUGCCCAGCUAAUGAACUUAGAAAACAUGGCUCAUGACUUGGAGUUUGCUCAGAUUGAAAUCCAGGUGUUAGAUGGACUAAAAGUAGGCAAUGAUUCACUAAAGAAAAUGCAUGAACUUAUAUCAGUAGAAGAUGUAGAAAAGAUCUUGGAUGAAACCAGAGAAGGAAUUGAAAAACAGAAAGAGAUAGAUGAAUUACUUGGGGAAGGUUUUACUCAAGAAGAUGAAGAGGCUAUUUCUGCUGAACUUGAUGCUAUUAUAGAAGAAAGCUUACCAGAGGCUCCAGUUGAAGCUAAAGAAGAAGAAAUUUCAUUACCAGAAGUUCCAGUUGAAGAACCAGAAGUUCCAGAAAUGGCUAGGAAGGCUAAAGUAUUGGAACCAAAGAAGGUGAUGGUUGAAGCUUCUUAGCGUCAUCUUAGUACAUCUUUUUAGCUGAGAUAACCACGCUGUAUUGUGCAUAAACCUAUUUACUUGAAGACUCAUGAGUCAAGGUUUGGACUCAUUUGUAGCAAGUCCUACUAUUUGUAAAUAGACAAAAUAUUGAUGCAUGAGAAAUUCAGUGAUCCUUUGAAAGUUACAAAACUUGUGAAAUCAUUUUUACCAGUCUGUGUAUGAAUAUGUUAUUUAGAAUAGAAUACUGGAGCUUGAGAACACUUGUUAGAAGUAUUUGUAACAUAUAUUUCACACUUCGAGAAAUUUAUGUAUGCAAACAGAUUUCAUUUGCAUAAUUUUCUGAAGUGGGAUAAAGUUUCUGUUUGUACAAAUUGAAGCUUUUUUUUAGCUAAUGAUUGUUUUAUUUAUAUGAUUACCUAAAUGGAGCAUUAACUAAGGCUGAAUUUACUAAAACAAGUUGUUGAAAUAUUAAGAUAAUUAACAUAAAUGCACUGCAUGUAAUAAUUAUACUUGAUAUUGGUGAAUUAUAAUAAAUAUUAGAGAGUAAUAUCAAAAAACAUGUUUAAUUAUGGACAUUUUGGAAUUAUUUUGAACUUCAUCAUCAGCAUUAAAACAAUUAAUUCACAACAUUCUAAUUACAAAAAACAACAUAAGCUGAUAGUUAUGCAUGAUGUGUUUAAUUUAGUUACUGAUAAGCUUGAAAGGUGCUCGACAACUGCUCACUGGUCCUGUAAUUUUGUCAACUCAAAGUGUGGGAACCAUGGUAUAAAAUGGAAUCUGUGAGCCUAUUAUGUGUUAAAUGUAAUUUUAAACAAAGCUUUACAUUUUUACUAACAACAUGUACUGCUAGAAUAUUAAUUUUAUGAAAUCAGUUUGGCAAGUGGUUAUUGAGUUUAACUGUAGCAAUUUCAUCUAAGUAAACAAUGAUAAGUUGGUAUUUUAACUUUUGAUGAUUAAACUAGAUCAUGUUUAACAAUAUGUAUAUCAUAUACAAUUAAAAAACAAGUGUAAAUACUG